AUGUGUUUUCUUUUCAUCGUCGCUUUUUCUAUUGUCAUUUCAGGCACAUUAAGUGUUUCACCUGGUGAUCCAUUUCCAACUAAUUUUAACAAAACAUCUAGUUCGCCUGUCGUACCUGAUUCAAAAGAUAUUCACAAUACAACAACAGCAGUAUUUAUAUAUUCAUCCUCAUCAUUCAAACCAAAUUCAUCUGAUAAAUCUCUUCUGGAAAGUAAAUCAUUCGUAGUCAAUGUAACUCAUACAUUUAUUAAUAAAAAUGAAGAUAAUAAUACAUCAUUUACAUCAACUAUAAAAUCUGUACAAGAUACGUUUCCAAUCUAUAAAAAACAUCUUGUACAAAUUGCUCAAUCAAAAUAUACUGAUCCUAAAACUCAACAAACUCGUUAUUGGUAUCAUACAAUUGAUACACUCAUAGGUGCAGAUUGGACAUUCGAUCGUAUUUUAUGUCAAGCAUAUAUACGACAAAAACCUAAUACAAUUCCUAUACAUGCAUUUCAUUCAAAUACAAAAGAUAUUUGGACAAAUACAUUACAAAUAGAAUCAACACCUUUACCUAUUGGUAAUAAUCAAUGGAAAUAUGAUGGUAUACCAUUUUAUGCUUAUAAAACAUCGAUGAAUUCGACUCUAUUAAAACCAGUAUGGUUAUAUUGGAAUAGAAUAAAUUAUGGUACAGAAGAUGUUAGUCAACCACGUCGAUCAUAUUUUCUAAUGAGUGAUAUAGCAGAUGAUAAUCUACCAGAAUGGAAAUUAGAUCGUAUACUUUUUUAUGCUUUUCCACCUAAUAUCAAUGUAACUCAAUUAGAUAAAUGA